AUGGAUGUUGCACAAGCAGUAGCCGGCUAUGUCUCUCGCAUGAUUUCUUCGGCCGACCCUUCGUCGGCAUCUCAGUCGGCGAAAAUGAAGGUCCUCCUGCUGGACCGGGAGACAGUGCCCAUCGUGUCCACAGCCAUCACUCAGUCAGCGUUGUUGAACAAUGAGGUCUACCUAAUCGAUCGAAUCGAUAACGUCAACAGGGAGAAGAUGCGCCAUCUCCGAUGUCUCUGCCUUGUUCGCCCGUCACCUGAAUCGAUACAGCUCCUCAUUGAUGAGUUGCGAGAGCCCAAGUAUGGCGAGUACCACUUGUACUUUACCAACGUCGUCAAGAAGUCGUCGCUCGAGAGGCUCGCUGAGGCCGACGACCACGAAGUCGUCAAGCUUGUCCAGGAGCACUUUGCCGACUUUAUCGUGAUAAACCCCGAUUUGUUCUCCCUCGGUCUCAGCCUUCCUCAUCAGCGUCUCUGGGGAAGCAGCCCGGACACCUGGAACCCCGACGCCCUUCAGAGAAGUGCUGACGGGCUCAUCGCUGUGCUUCUCGCUCUCAAAAAGAAGCCUUUGAUCAGGUAUGCCAGGAACAGUCCAUUAACAAAGAAGCUGGCAACAGAGGUGCGAUAUCGCAUCACGCAAGAGGAGCAGCUUUUCGACUUUAGAAAGGUGGAUACGCCUCCUAUUCUCCUCAUUCUCGACCGGCGUGAAGACCCUGUAACCCCUCUGCUCACCCAAUGGACAUAUCAAGCCAUGGUGCACCACCUACUCGGCAUCACCAACGGCCGAGUUGAUCUGAGUGACGUGCCGGAUAUUCGCCCAGAGCUUAAGGAGAUCGUCUUGUCCCAGGAUCAGGACCCUUUCUUCAAGAAGAACAUGUACCUCAACUUUGGCGACCUAGGCGGGAACAUCAAGGACUACGUCGAGCAGUACCAAUCAAAGACUCAAAACAGCGCAAACAUCGAGUCUAUUUCGGAUAUGAAGCGCUUUAUCGAGGAGUAUCCCGAGUUCCGUAAGCUCUCUGGGAAUGUCAGCAAACACGUCACCCUGGUCUCGGAGCUGAGCAGGCGGGUUGGAGCGGAAAACUUGCUCGAGGUCAGCGAGCUUGAGCAAAGCCUUGCGUGUAACGACAACCACGCGGCUGAUGUGAAGAACAUCCAAAAGCUCAUCCAAUCUCCUAAGGUGACAAGUGACAGCAAGGUUGCUCUCGUCGCUCUCUAUGCGCUAAGAUAUGAGCGCAAUCCCUCAAAUGCACUUCCUAUGCUUGUCGACCUUUUAGUGGCCGCUGGCGGCGUUUCAGUGCGGCGAGCGGAUCUCAUCUCGAAGCUGGUAACGUAUCAAUCUUCACUACAACAGUCUCAAGCCCAAACAGGUAUCACGGACAUUUUCGAGGGGGCCGGCAUCUUUGGAGGGGCAGGCAACCGGUUCAAGGGACUCAAGGGCGUCGAGAAUGUGUACACCCAGCACAGUCCUCUGCUUGAAAGCACUCUCCAAAACCUGAUUCGCGGAAGGCUCAAAGAACAACAAUAUCCCUUCGUCGAGGGUGGUGGCACCACUCGAGACAAACCUCAAGACAUCAUCGUCUUCAUGGUCGGUGGCGCUACGUAUGAGGAGGCUAAAACGGUUGCAACAAUCAACGCAAGCUCGCCUGGCGUGCGCUUAGUUCUUGGGGGUACAACGAUCCAUAACUCAGCAACGUUCCUCGAGGAGGUUGAGGACGCCGUAUCGUCAUGGCCCGAGACUCAAAAAACGGGGACACGGCGGUAG